CUCAUUUAGCAUGCCAAAAGAAUUAAAUUGUUUUAAACAAAAAUCAAUUGGUAAAAAUAUUUCCAAUCACACAGAUCUAUUAUUGUAAUCUAGAUCUAUUAUUAUUAUUGAAAGAUUGAUUAACAUGUUCAGAAGAUGGCUUUGUUCUCCUUUUCGAUGAAGCACUGAACAAAGAGCUGGGCAAGAAGCAGCUAGAUGUCCAUGUGAGAUAUUGGGACAAUGGUAAAGUUGUAACAAGAUACUUCAACUCAGCCUUUUUGGGGCAUUCUUCAGCACAAAAUUUGUUUGAGCAAUUACAGCAGCAGCUGGAUGUUAAUGCCUCAAAGGUUGUACAAAUUUCAAUGGAUGGACCAAAUGUCAAUUGGGCACUACAUAGACUUUUAAGUGAGGACUUGCAAAAACAAGUCUCCUCUAAUUACAAAUAUAUUGACAUUGGGAGCUGUGGUUUGCAUACGAUUCACAAUGCCUUUCAUGCAGGACACACUGCAUCUUCAUGGGAUCUGGGCCACUUCUUUGAUUCGUUAUGGUGGCUGUUUAAAGAUGCACCUUCCAGAAGAGAUUUCAUGACCAUUACGGGAACAACAGAUUUCCCUCUCAAACACUGUCCCCACCGUUGGGUUGAAAAUAUUGCUGUUGCUGAACGUGCUAUUAAAGUUUGGCCUCAAAUUAAAAUCUACAUUAAUCAUUUAUUAACCAACAACAAAGCGUUGGAGACAAAAUCUUUCCAACAUCCUGCCUGGCUGACCAACUGCUGUUUGCUAAAUUGGAGUGUUUUCUCUCUAUUGCCAGAACAUUGGAACCAUUCCUAAAAAAAUAUCAAUGUAAUGGACCAAUGCUACCAUUCAUGUCAGAGGAUAUUUUAAACAUGUUAGUUUCACUAUUAUAGCGAUUUGUAUCAGAGGAUGUCCUUGGUGCAUGCAGAAGUGUUUUAUCUGUUUCAACACUGGAUCUUUCCAGUACUAAACUGUUGGCACCUGAAAAGGUGGACAUUGGCUUCAAAGCUAAAAAGUCCUUAAGUGUUAUUUCAAAAGCAAGUCCUAAAGACAUUUUAGUAUUCAGGAUGCAGUGCAGAGACUUUCUCAAAACAACAGCAUCCAAAGUGCUUGAAAAAUCUCCUAUCAAGUAUAAUUCAGGAUGCAGUGCAGAGACUUUCUCAAAACAACAGCAUCCAAAGUGCUUGAAAAAUCUCUUAUCAAGUAUAAGCUAGUUAGGAGCAUGAAAUGGCUGCAACCAAAAGCCAUUGUUACUGACCAUGUCAGCUGCCUAAAGCAAUUAGAAAUCACAUUAAAUUGCUUGUCAACUUUGGGGCGAGUUGAUGAAAAUAAGUGUGAUACCAUCAAGGCGCAAUAUAGGCAGUGGUAUAACCAAAUUAUAUCAAACAGCUCAGUUGAUUUUCAGUCUUUUGACUCAUCUUUUCAAAGGCUAGAUGUAUUUUUUAAAGACCACUUAGGCAGACAAUCUGAAUUUAAAGAUCUUUGGACAGUUGUUCGUUUUCUUUUAAUGCUAUCUCACGGCCAAGCUCAGGUUGAGCGAGGCUUCAGUGUGAACAAAGAAGUUAUGAGCACAAACAUGGCAGAAAAAACACUGGUAGCCAAAAGAACGAUAAGUGACUUUAUUGAUUUUUCAGGUGGCAUUGAUAAUAUUAUUGUCACUAAGCAGAUGCUAAUGGCUGCAAGAGCAUCCAGAGAAAAAUAUAGACACCAUCUAGAUCAAUUAGCAGAAGAGAAGAAGAAGGAUGGUUUGAAAAGGAAGAGGGAAGAGGACUUUGGGGAGCUGGACAAUUUAAAGCAAAAAAAAAAUGCACUUAGAUAAAGACAUCCAUUCUUUGAUUGAAUCUGCUGACAAGUUGGCAGAAAAAGCUGAGAACACUGCAUGUCAGAAAUAUAUUAUUGAAUCCAAUGCAUUGAGAAGAAGCGCAAGAGACAAAAAAGAAGAAGUUCAAAAAAUAUCUGUCCAAAUAGAUACUAAAGUUAAAGAAAUAGGGGGACUAUAAGUUUUGUUUUGUUUUAGAUAUUACUUUUUUACAUUUCAUUUAUUUAGUUCAUGCUAUGUAAACAAGAAUGAUGGUUUUUUUUCAACUCCUCAACUCCUGAAAUGUACAUUUUUUGUUUUGUUUUUAUGCACUUUUUAACUUAAACUGAGUUUGAAAAUACAAUUUGCUAUUUGAAAUGUUUGUUUUUUUCAUGCUAUGUAAACAAGAAUGAUGUUGUUUUUUUCAACUCCUGAAAUGUACUUUUUUUUUGUGUUUUUGUUUUAUGCACUUUUUAACUUAAACUGAGUUUGAAAAUACUAUUUGUUAUUUGAAAUGUUUUUUUUUUCAAGUUAUGUAAACUCAACUCAUGAAAUGUAAAUUUAUUUAUUUUAUGUAUAAAUGCACUUUAGAUAACUGACUUUGCUAAUUAAAUUAUUAACUUGAA